GGCCACCCUGAGCGAAAUGCGCUGAUAUCAGCAAACUGGUUCAGUGCUGUGAUCAUUAUCUUUCCAUCUUCAUACCAUUUCUUGUAUACUUUUAAAACGAAAACUUAUCGCUGAUCACACCUCUAUACAAGAAUCAAGCCUGGCUGACAACGAGCUGGGUAAGCGUCUGCCAUCAACAAGGGCAAAAAGUGAUCACAGUCUUGCAAGGAACUUAUACCGAGGCAGAUUGACAUGACUAAUGGUAGCUCUCUCGCAAUGAGACUUGCCCUCGGUCAACGGCCACAACUUACCAGAGCCAGCAGGCCCAAGGUCCGUACUGGUUGUAUCACCUGCAAACGCCGCCAUCGUAAGUGCGACGAAGGGAGACCGGCUUGCGCCACCUGCCUGACGUAUCAAGGCUACUGCGGAGGAUACGCGGCCAACAAUAAGCAAACUCUCGACAGAAAUCGGCCGAUACACCCGAAGCCAGCAAGAAGCCAGACCAAGCACGACAUGCUGCUGGAGCCCAAUUACGCGUCUCUUGUUUUCUCCGGCCAGCUUGAGAAAGACCAUUUCGACUACUGGCUGGCGUUCACAGAGACCACGGUUCUGUUCCGCUCCGACCUGCUCACCCAAGUCAUCCCGCAACUCUCCUGGAAAGAUCCUGCAAUCAAGCAUGCAGCGCUGGCGAUCGGUGCAUCGGCCCUCGGCAGAAACACGCGGGAACAACGCAUCCUCGGAAUAGGAGAGCUUAAUCCGGCCGCUCUGAAGCAUUACAGCAAGGCUUUAUCCCUGUUGUACACAUCGCCAAUGUCCCCUGAGAAGACCUUGCUUGCGUGCCUUUUGUUCAUCAUAUUCGAGUGUCUCCGAGGAAAUAGUACAGCUGGGUUAAGCCACAUCAAUCACGGCUUCCAGAUUCUGGACCAGUACCAGCAUUCUCAGAGCAACAAACCCAGCCCUCUACUGCUAAAUGAGGUCAUAACCAGCUUCCAACACUUCGGCCAGCAAGCCUGGGCUCUCAAUGGCAUUCACCCACGAGAGACGCAUGAAAGAGUACCGUGGUGCUGUCGUGGGGCGAGGACGAGAUACGCCGUUCAGGAAAUGCCCAUUUUCUUUGAAACACUGGAAAUGGCGCGCUAUUGGUGGGACAUUGUCCGGCAUCACGUUGAGCAUCACGCGCCUUUCUACACCAACUUUCAAGUCAUGGGCUCUUCGCCGAGGGUGGCUCAAAGACCUCCAAAAGGGUACGGCUCGUCAGAAUCGUCCUCAAGACACAUCCGAAGUUUCGUUCGUUACCUUGAUGCGUGGAAUACUGCAUUUCUUCCCCUCGCCAUCGCAUCAGAGUCUAGGAAAGGGAUCUGUUUGGCAGAUUAUCUCAAGGCACUCAGCUUGAGAGUUCACUACCUGUACCUUUGGACCGGGGUGCGCAGUGCGGGCUGGACCGAUGCAGAGGAGGCAAAACGGAUCCUGCCAACCUUUUGCGACAUUGUUGCCCUCAGCCGGCAGCUUCUUGCGGCCCAAGCAGCCCGACAACGCUCCAUGGUAGACGGGGAGGUCUUCACAAUGGAAGACAGCCCGACCUGGCCUCUGGCCUGCACAUAUCGCGUAUGCACUGACCCGAGGGUACGAAUGGAGAUCGUUCGCCUCUUUAAGGAGUAUCCACGACGCGACGGCCUGUUGGAUACCCAUGCGUUCUUAGUCAUGAUGGAAUGGAUGGCGAAGACGGCAUCCGCUGGAGUCAUCGCCCAUGAUCAGAGUCCGGUUGAUGAUUGUAUAGUUUUCCAUGAAAACACUGUCGUACUUCAAAGGCGGCUUUGGGACCCUAGGGUGGCAAGGUGGAAUGACAGAAACAUCACACUCAGUAUUGGGUGAGUCCAGAGGAAUACUAGUUGGUCGUAGCUAUCCUAGCAAAGUGUUUUACCAUCUCCAGCAAAUGUUCUGCCGGCUAUUUCACUUAUUCACUUCUUCC